CAGCAAUGUAUAUAAAAUUAGUUCGAGUAAGUGUGAGGAGGGCCAGAGGCCAGUGCGAUCGCCGGCCGAACGCUAGUCAGCCGCGCGCUUCCAUCACACAAGCUCGCUGGCUAGGACCGAAAAAUACUGAACUGAAGAGCCCAUCAUGAGGGGUCUACUAGUACUGGCCCUCGUGGUCGCGGUCAUAUGUACCGCCGAUGCUGAAAUUAAAAUGAGGCGUCGUCACCGGCGAAUUCGCACGACGACAAUUUCGCCGCCAUCGCAAAGGCCUCCGAUACCAGUGGACAUUCUUCGCGGGGACAUCUCCGAGGCCGAGCACCUUGAGCAUGGUAUGGCCGAGAGCCUUGACGAACGUCGCUUCCAGGAGUCAGAACGCGCUCGCGUCAGUGAAUAUUUAAACGAGCUAUCCCAAGAAGGCAACCCUGACAAUGAACUCAACAUGGAAGAUCCGUGUCUGAAGGUUCACUGCAGCGCUGGACGUGUCUGUGAGAUCGACGAGCACGGGGAGGCGGUCUGCAACUGCAUCAAGGACUGUCCCUACGAGACAGACUCACGCCGCAAGGUGUGCACCAACUACAACGAGACCUGGUCGUCUGACUGCGAAGUGUACCGUCAGCGCUGUCUCUGCCUCGACAACUCGCCGCUGUGCCGCGGCCCGCAGUACCACCACGUGCAGAUCGACUACUACGGCACCUGCAGAGAGAUGUCGACUUGCACUGAGAACGAGAUGGCUGACUUCCCGCGACGCAUGCGUGACUGGCUUUUCAACGUGAUGCGCGACAUGGCCGAGAGGAGCGAACUCACCCCCCACUACCUGAAGAUGGAACGCGAGGCAGAAUCUAACCUGACGCGCCGCUGGACCAACGCUGCUAUUUGGAAGUGGUGCGAUCUCGAUGCGCACGACAAUGACAGAUCGGUUUCGAGGCACGAGCUGUUCCCGAUCCGCGCGCCACUGAUGGCCCUGGAACACUGCAUCGCGCCGUUCCUGGACCUUUGCGAUGCCGACACCGACCACCGCAUCACUCUCGCUGAGUGGGGCAAGUGUCUGCAGCUUGACGAGUACGAGCUUGAAGACCGUUGCGACGAGUUUGCGGACGACCCGUCAGGCUACUAAUAAGUAAAAACAGGGACGCCACUUCGGCCGUCUCCGCCACUGCCAAUACUUAAUAAUUACCAAGAGAUUUUAGUUAUAAUUAUUUAGAAUUAGCUGUCGAAUGUUGUACACGUGGUAACAUGUAGUGUCUAACUAACUAUACGGCAUAUUUGUAUAACAAAUGUUUAUAAAGCUACACUCCACUAAAGAAAUUACAUCUUCUGCCAAGGAAACUGAAACGUUAUAAUCUUUUAAGUUGUGGAGAUGCAGCUUUGCAAAAUUACAAAAACUAUUCGCUUGUAACGUUUGCUAUAAUCUUGUGCUGCCAUCUGUUAUCACAUUUAAGUAAUUUUAGGAUUCUUUACGAAUAAAAAUGUACUAAACUUGUAAAUAGCUGUGAUGAUGCUACCAAAACUUUUCAACAAACAAACAAAUAAAUACAUUUAAUUCAUAA